AUGCUCGUCAGUCCCAGGUCUCAGCGACAGAAGGGUGUUUCUCCUGAUGUCAGUGUUGCCAUGACAAACGUCACAAACUCAGAGGAAAAGUCCAGAGUGGAAGUCAUUCAUCAAACUGAAACCAUUCACACAUUACCUCCUCCUACAGAGGCCUGCACCUCCUCCUACAGAGGCCUGCACCUCCUCCUGGAGAGGCCAGCACCUCCUCCUACAGAGGCCUGCACCUCCUCCUACAGAGGCCUGCACCUCCUCCUGGAGAGGCCUGCACCUCCUCCUACAGAGGCCUGCACCUCCUCCUGGAGAGGCCUGCACCUCCUCCUGGAGAGGCCAGCACCUCCUCCUACAGAGGCCUGCACCUCCUCCUACAGAGGCCUGCACCUCCUCCUGGAGAGGCCUGCACCUCCUCCUACAGAGGCCUGCACCUCCUCCUGGAGAGGCCUGCACCUCCUCCUGGAGAGGCCUGCACCUCCUCCUGGAGAGGCCCGCACCUCCUCCUGGAGAGGCCAGCACCUCCUCCUGGAGAGGCCUGUGCCUGCUCCUGCAGAGGAGUAA